AUGUCCACCACGAGCUUGCCUUCCUACAUCCCCCCCACUUUUGGUCGCAGCCCGUCCUACACCGCCGAGCCUCAGGCGCAUGAGCAGCGCCUCGCGCUCAACGGUGUGCGGCAGCGACCCUCGGGUGACUUCAUCAAGUACUCCAGGUCUGGCGGGUUCAGCCUGCGUCUCAUUGAGCAGCCCGGCGGCGUAAUACUCCCAGUGUAUGGCUGCGGGGAGGCGGUGGAAGGCACCGUGGAGCUUGUCAAGCCGGAAAGCGUCGCGAGUGUAGAGGUUAAGAUCGAAGGCACGCUGCGGUUGAAGGAGAUCGCAGAGGGCGGGACCACCACGCGCAACCUAUGUGUGUCGUCCGCGUCGUGGACCAAGGACACGUUCGAGGGUUCGUUCCCUCCGUCUGUUCCUUUCAGUCUCACACUCCCUGCUACGUUCUCUGAUGGAAGGGAUGAAUAUCCUCUCCCGCCCACACACGAGGCGCAUCUCUCAGGUGUUCCCGGCUUCCGAGCCGCAAUAGACUACAUGGUCAGUGUGACCGUCCAAAAGGACAAGAGUUUGUUGCGGUUAGGAAAUAGCACCAUUUCCACCCCGUUUGUGUACUACCCACGGUCGCGCCCUGCUGUUCCGCUCCCUACGAUGUUUGUUAUGCGCCAGAACCCCGGAGAUACAUCGCUUGUGCAGGUUACCGAGUGGCAAUGCUACGAGUCGGUCCUCACGUCGAAGACGCAGGGCGGGAAGGACAUCACCGCCAAGUUGUACGUGCCUGCCUUGCGGGUAUACUGCAUGGCGCAGUCGAUCCCAUUCCACCUCAUCUUCGCUUCGUCCGCAUUUUCGCUGGCGGCGUUCCUGCCGUUGGGACCGACCACGGCGCUUCCGGCCGAUAAGCAACCCACCCGGAUUCAGAUCCUACGACAGACGACGGUGGAUGUCAGGAAUACUACGGUCCUUGGUACGAAAACUGAUAUCUGGCGAGUCCAGGCUAUUGGCGAAGGGAUAUUUAGACAUGCGGGAGACGGCCCCAAUUGGAUUGCAUACAACGGGGAUAUUGGCCUAAGUCCCGAGGUGAAGAUCGGCGGGUUCAAGGCAGGAGGCUUUUCGAUAAAGGACUUUCUAGUGCUGGGUGUGACGCCGCCUGACCCAUCGAAGGCGCCGUUCGGGGAGCUUCGCCAGGUGGUGCCCAUCCGAUUGACGACGGACCCGUGGGAUGUGAGCACAGGGUAUCCUGAACCAAUCAUCUUGCCAGAGGAGGCAUGUCCGGAGUUCCAGUUCCCUGGCUGA